AUGGAUCCAGAGGUAUCACUGAUGCUUCACUGUGCUCCACUGAGGGGUCUCAGGGAACAUCAAGUACAAGUGACAGUAGCAACCAGGUUUAACCGCCAAAAUGUUCCUGAGAUUGAGAAACAUAUUCAGGCUGUGUGGGAUGAGAGGGUGACCAAGGAACCCUGGCUGUUCAAUGGUGCUAAAUUCAGACUGCACUCAGCAACCCUCACUAUACCCCAUACUUCUUCAAAGUGCCUGCAGGGUGCAGGUGACACAUCAGGGGAAAACUGUGACAGUCAUUUUAAAACAGUCAAGGACAUGGAAGUAGAAGCAGAAGAAAGUUCUAUGUGUCUGUCAAGUGUGGCUUGUCAAAAGACAGAGCACGGGAUGCAUCGGAAUGAAACACCUGGACCUGGCUCGUCAGAAUUUUUGCAUUUAGAGUUAGGCUUAACCUUUUACAAAGAUUUCAUUGGCACAAACUGGUCUAAAGGGGCGGAGGAGUUGAGGUGUCGUGGUAGGAAUGAGUUUGGGGAUUCACAGGCACUACUGGCCCAGCCUCUAGGGGUGGGAGCUGUUAUGGCAACCUCCGACGGACGGGUGGUUCUACUCAGGAGGAGCCAGAGAGUGGCAGAGGCACGAGGACUCCUUGACAUACCUGGAGGACAUCCAGAACCAAAGGCUGUGUGUAAGGGUGUCAAUGAAGAGACAAUCACUGUUGAGAUGCUGCUGGGCAGAGAAAGAGCCAUCGUCACGGAGAUCUUUUCUUCUGUGUGUGCUGAGAUCAGAGACGAGGUGAAUGUUCCUCUUGAAUAUCUGAGUGAGCCAGUUCUGAUGGGAAUAGCACUGAAUCACACCAGUGCGGGUCGACCUAGUGCUGAAUUUUUCAUCAGGUGUUCUUUGACUGCUGAGAAGGUGAAAGACUUCUACUGCCGUGGCGGACCAGAGGCACAUGAGUCCACCGAUAUUGUGUUUCUGACACGAAACGAGAUACUGCAGCUGGGAUUGAGCACCCCUUUGUGGUCAGAGUUGUGCCCUUCAGCCAAAGGAGCAGUGAUGCUGUAUCGCCAAGUAAUACCUGAUGAAGGGGACAUAUGA